GGAGGGGGGAGUCCUGUGUGGGGGUUUGAGGUGGAUAAAGGGAGGGAGAGAGUGUGGUUCCCGUCUCUGAGGAUUUUCGGAUCCCUUCAUGAAUGAGUGUAGAGCUGAUCAAGGUGCUGGACUGAGCGUGAACAGCUGUGAUCAGCAUUAAAAGCUGUUGAAAGCGUCCACUUGUCCUGUUGCUGUGAUGAGCUUCAGGGUGGUGCUCCUGUCUUUCCUCUUGCUGUCUCUGAGCUGCUCCAGAGGAGCUGUCAUCACAGGGGUGAGUCAAGGUUUCUUCCUCUGUUUCACACUGUUUAAUCAUCACUUUAUCAAGUUAUGACCAGUUUUACUCUAAAAUACUUACAAUGCUCUCCCUUUCUCUCUUCUCGUGGGAUUUGGUACUUACUUUUUAAGGUUGAAACAGUUAUCACCUAUAUCUCUCAGUUGAUCAUCUUUUAUAAACUUAUUUGACUUUUUAGUAUGCAACUAGAAAAAAAGCUAUAAAUGCUCUAAGAUGCAGGAAUUAAGUCUUUUAAUUCCAUUUUCUUCUCUGUGUUAACUCAAAGUUAUUGAAUUUACUAUAUUUUAAAAAAGAAAAAAAAGCUGCAAAUCCUCAUGCAUGAGAGUCUGGAAGAAACAAAUGUUAAGCUUUCCUCUUUAUAAAUGACCUCUGAAAAACUCCUCUCAUUAAAUUGUUUCUAUGUUUGAUAAAUGAAUUACAGUGAAUGUUUACACUUCAGUUUUAACUCUGGAUUUUGUUCUUCUCACACUCUGUGUUUGUAAAGCUACUCUCCUUUGACUUUUAUUUUCUUUUACCCUAUAUAUAUUUUCUCAGCUGUUUGCUUAAAUUUGAUUUCCCAUGACCGCAUCCUCCCCCGUUUAUUAUCCCCUGGAAAAAACAAGAGGAUAUUAUCUCAGUGAUUGAUACUCAUUUGUAAGUGAAUUAGAGUGAUGACAAGCCAUGGAUAAAAUGGAUUUGACUGCUCAAAGAUGAGCGGGGAUCAAAUUGAUUUUCUGUCAUUAAAAGAUUGUCCUGUUUCCUUUGGAUUCUCCUCUGUCUGUCGCUUUAUCAACUCCCCCUCUCUCUUUCUCUCUUCUAGGCCUGUGAGAGAGACCUGCAGUGUGGUUUUGGACUUUGCUGUGCCGUCAGUCUCUGGCUGCGGGGUCUGAGGAUGUGCGUCCCAAGGGGAGUGGAAGGAGAUGAAUGCCACCCUUUUAGCCACAAGGUGGGGAGAAAUGUAAUGUCACUAAUCUGCCUGCAUCGUGAUCUCCCUCUCUCUCUCACACACACACACACACACACACACACACACACACACACACACACACACACACACACACACACACACACACACACACACACACACACACACACACACAAACUUUCUUCUCUCGCCCACACAGAGGAAACUAAGAUUAUAUCAAGGGCUGGCAGGUUGGCUGAAGCUUUAGAAAACUGCUGGAAGCUGCAGAGAGUAUCGAUCUUCUCCUCAGUGAAGCAGCCAAUCAGAGCCAUACAUCACUUUGAUUAUCCAGAGAUAGCUACAAUUAGUUCUGCGAACACCAAUCUUUCCUCUAACUCCAGACUUUUAAGACCCCACUUGUCAGGUGAUGAAGGAUUUAAACUGCCAGAUUAUCCCUCCUUCUCUUCUCCCACUUUCAGGUGCCGUUUCUGGGAAAGAGGCAACACCACACCUGUCCCUGCCUGCCCCACUUGGUGUGCACCAGAUAUGCAGAGAGCAAGUACAAAUGUACAGAGGACUUCAAAAAUAUGGACUUUUAACUGAUGCACAGAGGAGGUGGAGCACAGCAGAAAAAAAAGCACAUAUGUAAUCCACACUGACUGUAUACUUCAUCUGUGUACUCUAUGCACUGUAACACAAAGUUUCCAUUCUGUCAGCUACCACAUCAGGGAGAGAAAAAGAAAUGUCAAGACAGAGUAACAUAAAAAGAGUCACAGCAGACAUUGGACACUUUUUACUGAGUAAAAACAAGAGGCUACACUAUUUAUGAACAAGUGAGAUAUUUACUUUUGUGGUUAUCAGUGUGCACUUUAUGUUAAUCUAUCAAAGAAAUGUAAAAUAUCAUUGUCAAUAAAAGUAUAAUAACAAUAAUAUUCUUGUACAUGUGCUUUGGAGUGUUUAUUUCUAUAUUUGGAUUUAAAGCUCCUGUGAGGAGUUUUUAUCUGCUAUGAACACUGUAAUCCAUAUGAACACCUUUACAUGAUUAAAAAGCAAACAAGACCAUCAGCAUGAAGACUGA